AUGUAUUUACGAAGUGGCAGAGUGAAAGUCUACGAUUUCAACCGUCGUUUAAGAUAUGCUGAAGAGCCUCACAGCGUGUCCAUAACGGGCUCAUGUGAUGUACAUUUGAAUGGUUUAUGUCUCAAUCUAAAACAAUCGAAUUUCCAAAUCCUCCGACUCAGAACAUCCAACCACAUCGGAAACGUAAUACAGCGUCUACACAAAUGUGCAAAUACGUUUCUGAAGAAUGUAUGUGGGCAAUACGUGAAACUAGGGGGUGGUGGAGACAAGUUGGUUGCCACGAGCAGUGAGGAGGGAGUUAACUUGGAGAUAUGGAAAUGUGACAACAAAAUAGCAUUUUGUUUUAAGGAUAGGGAGGAUGGACACUAUAUAGUUUCAGUGGAUGAAAAUGAUAACGUCCAGCUGAUCAAGAUUGGCAAAGCGAAUGUACAAGUCAGACAAGUCAUUGAGAGAAAUCAACCAACAUCCAUUUGGUUUCAAAUGUGCCAUUCUGGAGAUCAUGGCUACUGUAUCAAGAUGGCAGAACGUACAAAAUAUUGGGCAAUAGAUAAAACUAGUCGAUCUGUUACCCUCAAAGAUAGUGCGGGAACCCUGGAGAGUCUCUUUACUACAUCAACUUGGUUCACUGUGCACUGUCCCACUCCCCUUCUAGCGGUCAGGGGGUAA